AUGCAAUCAAGAGCAGUUCUCGUCUCCAAGGUUCUCGCGAUUUUCUCUUUAUUCUACUCUAUUUACAUCCUUACAUUCUCAAAUUGGUCCUUUGUUGGCCAACACACUCAGGUAGUCGCAGAAAACGAACUCGGUUCGCACCCACUAGAAACCACAGUUCUAUCAUGGAAUCCACUUAUAAUCUACAUCCGUAACUUUAUUACAGAAGACGAGAGGCGUUAUUUCCUGAGUCUGAGCGACGGGCAUUUUCGCCAAUCGGAAAUAUUUGUACCUGGCCAGGAUCCAUGGCUGGACAAGAGUCUCCGGGACUCCUCGUAUUUCGAACUGCAGGAUGCCGAUCCCACAGCCCAAAAUAUUUUCGCCCGACUGAGGGUUAUAGAGGGUAACUUCUCAAAUACUUACAUUGAGAAGACACGUAUUCAGAGAUAUACUCGAGACGGCCAUUUCACCUACCACAGCGACGCUGAGGAAGAUGAUAUUGCACUCACCAGAAACGGUAACAGGGUUUCGACCUUGAUGAUAUAUCUGGAGGCGAACGAUGCUCUGGAAGGGGGAGGAACCCAUUUUCCGUUCAUUGAGAUACAGUCAAAUCCUGCCGAUAAAUGUACGAUCAUGGAGUGCUACGGUGAGAAGAAUGGGACUAUUUUUCUUCCUGUCGUGGGAAAUGCUCUGUUCUGGACGAACCUGGACACGAAUGGACGUCAACAUCCUCAGAUGAUACAUGCCGGCCUUCCUGUGCACGCUGGAACCAAGACAAUUUCGAAUAUAUGGCUUUGGCAGAAAUGGCCUUCCGGUGCUCCAUGGACUUGA